UCUUUGAAUAUGACAUUUAUCUAGUAUCUAUAACCUUAAACUUUAAAAUGGAGUUGAAGAAGUUGGAUUCAAAUGUGAUAAAUCAAACUCGGAGUUCUUUUUUAAUAAAUAAUUUUUGCCAAGGAGUUGUUGAAUUAGUAUUAAACAGUUUGGACGCAAAAUCAACGUCUAUAGCUGUAAGAUUAAAUCUAAUUACGUUAAGGAUUCAAGUCGUCGACAACGGAGAAGGGAUUACAAGGGAAAAUCUUGAACUAGUAGGUCUCAGAUAUUACACUAACAAAUGCAAAAGUUUACAGGACUUGCAACAGUGCAUCAGUUAUUAUGGAUUUCGAGGAGAAGCCCUUGCGAAUUUGAUCGAACUCUCAAAAGCCGUUCAUAUAGAUUCAAGACAUAAAAAUUGCUCAAACACUUAUACAAAAAUUAUGACUAAAAAUGAAUGUACUGCAAUUAAAAGUGUUAUUAAAGAGAGACCUAGUUUCGGAACUACUGUCACAGUAGACGGAUUAUUCCAAAAUUAUCCCGUAAGGAAAAAUCGAAUCAUUAAUGAAUUGGAACUGGAAGAAAUUGUUAAACAAAUUAAAGGUCUCGUUAUAAUGCACCACGACAUCAAUUUUUCCGUUAGAAACGACGUAAAUGGUGAAUUGAUACUAACUAGUAGUAAAACUGACAACAUUGUAUCGGCUUUUAAACACCUACAUCCUGAUAUCAAAGAGAUUGGCACUGUAAUGAAAAUAACCAAAGGAAAAAUAAAAAUAAAAUCGAUGUUAUUCAAAAGUUUUUCCCAAAAUAAAAGAGUGCAAUAUAUUUUCGUCAAUAAGAGACCAGUAAUUUCUUCGAAAAUAAAUAAAUGUGUACAUAAACUGUUUCAACAACAUAGUAAACUUAAAAAGAGUGAACAGUCUUUUCCCGUUUAUGUAUUGAACAUCAAAUGUCCGUACACCGAAGUUAAUAUUUCGUGUAAUGCGACCAAAACGACAGUGGAAUUCAAAAAUUGCGAAAAAUUAGAAUAUUACAUUAAAAAAUUGAUUAAUUCAUUUUUUGGUAUCAGAAAAAGUCCGUUAAAACAAAUUCAACAACAUACCGUCGAAGAAAAACGAAAAUCCGAAUGCGGCAUAUCGCAAAUACAGGGAUUAGUAAGAGCAUUUGGUUAUAAAAGAAAACAUAUCGAAUCAGAUGACGUACAACCGCGGAAAAUACCUAAAAAUAUCGAAACUAACCAAGAAGAAGAAUACGAUAUAAUUGAAUCAACCCCGUUCGUUAAAAAAAAUAAUUUCAAUUUUAAACAACCCCUUCCGAUAACUAUAGCACCCAAAGAAAUUAAAUCUAAUCGAAGCGAUAAAUCCAUUUCCAUAUUCACCAACGACGAAAACAAAGGAAAACAUUUGAUUAUGAACAUGUUUUUAAAAUCAACUCAAGUGUAUAAAAGCGAAGAAGAUAUAAGAGAUUUAAGUCAGGACAGUCAGGAAACUAUAUACAAAGAAGAAUCGAAUAUUCUAAUGAAAAAUAACGUCGAAACUAUGUUUGACGGUGAAAAAAAAGCCAUGUCGAUGUCCGUUAACGUUAAAAGUACCACGAAAAUAAGACAAUCUAAAAAAAACGUACUUUCUAAAUGUCUACAAACGAGUUUUAACAAGAACGUGACUUCUAAAGCUCUACAAACUACUCUUAACGAAGAACAUAAUUAUAAUUGUCGUUUAAAUGAUAAUUAUACUUUAGUUCUAUCAAACGAAGCGUCACCACAAUUCAAAUUUUUAUACAAAGAACCACAAUUAAUGGAUAAUUUCAAAUUCGACUUGAUGGAAAUGUGCAGGUGUACUUGUCGCGAAAAAAUGUUCGAUUUCAGUAAAUUACAUACCGAAAAGUUAUUUGUCCAACCUAAAAUUGGUGAAACUAGUUGUUUUUGGAGUAUAAAAAAGAGACCUAAAGUUAUUUCUUAUCAUAAAUGGUCGAAAACAAGUCCUUAUUUCAAUCUGAAUCACCAUCAACCAAAAUCGAAUUAUGAUGGUCCUUUUUUUGACGAUUUAUAUCGCCAGCAAAUCAAAAAACAACCUCAAACAAUUGAAUCUUAUAAAUGUUUCAAACCCCACUAUAAGAGUACUCAAAAUAAUUCGCAUCAACCUUGUACAUUAGAAAAUAAUUUACAUCACCCACGUAUACAAGAAGAUAUUUUACAUCAUAAAUAUACACAAGAAAAUAUUUUAUAUCACCCCCGUAUACAUGAAGAUAAAUUUCAUCACCCCCGUAUAAAAAAAAAUAAAUUGCAUCACUUCCGUUUUAAAGAAAAUAAUUUUCAUCGAUCCCGUACACUAGAAAAUAACUUGCAUCACCCCCGUACAGAAGAAAAGAAGUUGCAUCAACCCCGUAGACAAGAAAAUAAUUUGAAUCACCCACAUAUACAAGAAAUAAAUAUUAAUCACCCUCGCACACAAGAAAAUCAAUUUCAUCACCCUCGUACACAAGAAAAUAAUUUUCAUUACCCCCGUAUACAAAAAAAUAAUUUGCAUCAACUCCGUACACAAGAAAAUAAUUUCCAUCCUCCCCGUACGCUAAAUAAUAAUUUGUAUCAUUCACGUACACAAAAGAAUCAUUUGUGUCAACCCUGUAUGCACGAAAAUAAUUUGCGAAACCCCCGUAGACAGGAUAAUAAAUAUCAUCAAUCACGGAUACAAGAAAAUAAUUUGCAUCACCCCGGUAUGCAAGAAGAUAAUUUGCACGAGUCACUUACUCAAGAUAACAAUUUGCAUCAACACUGUACGCAAGACAAUAAUUUGAUUAAACCCCGUACAAAAGACAAUAAUUUGCAUCAGCCACUUAAGCAAGAAGAUGAUUUGCAUCAGCAAUUUACAAAAGAAGAUAAUUUGUAUCACCCCUGUAAACAAAAAGAUACUUUGCUCGACCCACGUACUCAAGCUAAUAAUUUACAUCACCACAAUACACAAGAAAAUAAUUUACAAUACCCUCGUACGCAAGAAAAUAAUUUUACAGUUUCCAAAUCGAAAAAUUCAACUGAAUCAUUUGGACUCACCAAUUUAACCCCAUGCGGUUCACCCUCGAAAAAUAUAAAUUUUGUUGAAGAUGCAGAAUGUAAGGAAAACGAAAAUGCAAUUGAAGAAGAUAUGGAGAAAAAUAAUUCGGAAUUAGUUAUAACUUUAACGGACAAAGAGAAAUUGUGUAUGUUAGAAAAAGAUUUGGCAGAGGAAAAAAGUAUUUUGAUGAAAGAAUUUUUGGAAUGGAACAGUCAGUUUACACAAAACGAAUCUCUCGAAAAUGAUGAAGGAGAUUGGAUAAAACGAACAUGUUUUGGUAGGAGGUGUUACCUAAAUAAACAAACAGGUUUUAUAACAUAUUCUAAUCCAAAAAUAAAUGAAAAAUUAUUUGUAUUAAGUGAACGAUACGAAUUUUUACCAAAAGGUAUGUCUCCAAUUUUGAAAGAAAUAAAACCGGUAGACAAAUCUUUAAGUCAAAAUGGAAAAGAAACUUUAUCGGACUAUAUUAUGGAAGUAUACAAAAAUGAGCUUUUAUAUAUCAAAUGGCAACAUUAUCUAAAAGAUAUGGAUUCUAAUACAUUCUUCGAAAAUUUAUACAAGUUGAAAUUGUAUGAAAACUGUAUCCCGAACAUCGUUGAUACGAAAAAAUGUGACGAAAACGGAAUAAAUUUUACAAGGGAUCUAUUCACAGAUAUCCAAAUUAUAGGACAAUUGGACAAAAAAUUUAUUAUUGCGAAUAAUGAAAAUAUGAUAAUUGUAUUUGAUCAGCAUGCCGUUCACGAACGAAUACGCCUGGAACGUUUAUCAAAAAUUUAUAAAAAUGCCAAAGCCUUUUGUGAAGAACCGGUGCUUUUAUUUUUACCCCAGAACGAUAUUUCUUUGUUAAAACGGUGUGAAACAUAUUUAAAUUAUGUCGGUAUAUCUUUGGAUUGUUUAUCAAAUUGUGUUCGUGUGAUCGAAAUACCUCUUUGCGUUUACAUCAAAUAUCAACAGGAAUCCGUAGAAUCACUCAAUAAUUUUAUCAAGAUCAUGAUAAACGAAGUACUUGAACUUUUGAAAUCAACUAGAGCUGCUACUUUGAAAAUUUUACCUAGGGUAGUACAAAAUAUUGUGAAUUUGGAAGCUUGUAGAGGAGCUAUCAAGUUUGGAGAUUAUUUAAACAAAAAAAAAUGUACAGACCUAUUACAGAAGCUAUCAUUAACCGAACUACCAUUCCAAUGUGCACACGGAAGGCCUACUGUAACCCCUCUAAUAAGACUUGAUUCAAAUUCGAAAAGAAAUAAGAUCAAACCCAUAAAUUUCCGAAGUUUACAAAAUUUGUUGAAAAAUAAUAGUUAAUUAACUAUAUUCCAAUAAUUUUUAAUGAAGGGUGAUUUGUCUCAAUGAAAAAUCUUCAAUUGAAUAAUUUGAAUAAUCAAUUUAUCAUAGUUCCAUACGUAUACCCUGAUUAUUAAAGGGGAUUUUUCAAGCAAUUAAUCACUCUCAAUUGAAAGUUGUUGGUAUAUAGUUAAUAAUGAAUAUUAAAAAAUAAAAUAAAGUUUAAUAAUUUCAAUCGAUAUACAAAUUAAGUUGAAAUAAAAUUUCUUUAUAUUUUACUAACAUGCUUAACACUUCUUGCUAUUGAUUUAUAUCAAAAUUGUUCAAAUCUAUAUAAUAAUUUCAUUAUUAAAAUAUAAAGAUAUAUAAUAUGCAAUAUUAUAACAAAUUUCUCAAAAACGACUCCUUUAAACAUUGGAGCCAUCUCUGUUACAUUAAAGUAUGAAAAAAAUAAAUAUAUUGUCAAACAAGAUUUAAUUAUCCUUAAUGACAUGAAAAGAUUAACCGAUACUGGAUUCAUUAAUUUUUAGAGUUACAACGCAAUUAAUGUAUUGAUUCAUGACAUAAUGGUGACAACAAAUACAUAAUAUAUAUUAUAAACACACUGUAUAUAAUACUAAUACCAUCUAGUUCUUCGAGCCUUCCAUAGAUCGCUGAGUUGUACCCGGCUCGAAAGACUAGAUGCUGUAAUUAAUGUUUUGAUGUGAUGGUAGUAGAUAAUGUGUUUAAUAUAAAACAUAAUAAACAUCAAUGUUACAAAAUCAACAGACUCUGAAAAAAAUAUUGAUUGUAGAUUUCCAAAUUGAUAAUUAUUAUUAUAUACUAUAGAUUCUAUUCAAAUAAAGUGCUAUUGAAUUUUU